AUGUUGCAGCCCCUGAUCCCGCUCCUCCCGCCGCCGGGGUCGUCGUCUCCGCCUCUCCAAGGCGGCGGCGGCAACCUGGGUGCCAGCUUGACGACGUUCUCAUCCCCUCCGCCGCCGGCCCAACCCCAGCCGGAGGAGUGCAUGACGCCGCUGGUGGGGAUGCUGCCGUGCACGGACUACCUGACCAACAUCACCGUGCUGACGCCCCCCGGCGAGUGCUGCGACGGGCUCAAGUCCGUCAUCAGGGACGCGCCCAUCUGCCUCUGGCAGGGCAUGAACGGGGACAUGAACCAGUUCUUGCCCAAGCCCGUGGACCCGAUCCGCAUGCUCAUCCUCCCGCUCGCCUGCGGCACCGUGCUGCCGCUCCAAACUCUCUUCGCAUUCAACUCGCAACAGGUGCCGCCGAUAAUGCCUCCUACGCCAGCAGAGCCGCCGGUGACAACUCCUUCAGCGUCACCGUAG